CCUGGAAUCAAACUCAAUACUCUUAGGAAAAUAAGGGUCAUCAAGAUGGCUCAAGUAUGUAAGGGUUACCCAAGACCUGGAUUCAACCCCCAGAUCCCCCAUUGUGGAAGGUGAGAAAUGAUUUUGACUUCCCUACGUGAACUGUGGUAAAAAUAAAAAACUAGGCGUGGCAGAAGGGUAAAUCAAGGAACUGAGGCCAGGGCAUGAGGAAAACGCGGGAGGUGAUUACUAACCUCUGAGGGAUUUUUUAAUUUCAAAGCCCAGCCUUCCUCUGUGCGCGAUUUACGCAUGCGCCACACACAGCCUGAUGCUCGCGCACCCUCUGGCGUCCUUUCUGAUUAGCGCAGCUGCAGCAACCAGGGGCGGAAGCUAGGCCGGAAGUGCAUCUCUUCGUUUCGCCCGCCUCUUCCGGCUCACUUCCGCCCACUCCACCCAGGCUCGCUUGCCGGAAACGUUCCGCGUUACUUGAGUCCUGCUUCUCUGGAUCGAAUCCGGACAUCGCCAAAAUGCCGGCUUACCACUCUUCUCUCAUGGACCCCGACACCAAGCUUGUCGGCAACAUGGCGCUGCUUCCCCUCAGAAGUCAGUUCAAAGGACCCGCGCCCCGCGAGACAAAAGACACAGAUAUUGUGGAUGAAGCCAUCUAUUACUUCAAGGCCAAUGUCUUCUUCAAGAACUAUGAAAUUAAGAAUGAAGCAGAUAGAACCCUGAUCUAUAUCACACUCUACAUCUCUGAGUGUCUAAAGAAACUUCAAAAGUGCAAUUCCAGGAGCCAAGGCGAGAAAGAAAUGUACACGCUCGGAAUCACAAACUUCCCCAUUCCUGGAGAGCCUGGCUUCCCCCUCAAUGCCAUUUAUGCCAAACCUGCGAAUAAACAGGAGGAUGAAGUGAUGCGGGCGUACCUACAGCAGCUGAGGCAGGAGACUGGACUGCGGCUCUGUGAAAAAGUUUUUGACCCUCAGAAUGAUAAACCCAGCAAGUGGUGGACUUGCUUUGUGAAGAGACAGUUCAUGAACAAGAGUCUCUCAGGACCUGGGCAGUGAGUGGAUGGAGCCCAGGCAGCAUCACAUCAAGGUGUACACAGUUCUUUGUGUCCGUUCAUAAUGGAUCAUGAAGUGAGGAGCGAUUGUGUCUUUGCCUGAAAAGCUCUUGAUCAAGAAUUUGGGGGGUGGGUGUCAGGUGAUCUGAAUUUUUGGCAAUUUCAGGCUGGUACUUAAUAUGUAAUAAAUGUCAUUGCUUAUCUUAGACAUUGAAUUAAAACAUUUUUGAGAUAAA